AUGCCUCCGAACCAUGACCAGACCGGCUCAUGCCCGCCCAUGAAAUCGAUGAGCCUACCCCUCUUACGUCCUAGAGUCCUCCUGGCGCCCCACGUUAACGCCCUGGACCGCCAGGUCGAGACUAAGACGCACAAGAGGACCCGGGCUAGCAAGCCAAAGAGUCGAUCCGGAUGUUUGACGUGCAAAGCGCGCAAGGUCAAAUGCGAUGAGACAAAGCCCACAUGUACACGUUGUGCAGCGAUUCAAAAGCAGUGUAGCUGGCCCGUCCAUUGUCCCCGGCCUGCCCACCCUCGGAAAUCCAAGGUCGAAGCGGCCCAUCGCCCACUUUAUUAUCUUUUACCACGGCCGAGCCCUGUCCCGCCUACCGUUGUCGCUUCGGGCUCCGAUACUGGAGGAGCUGGUCCAGAUUGGUCCAAAACCCAGUUGCCACGGCCCUUGACCGGCCUACCUUCGCUCAACGGCACGGAAGCCGUCUAUUUCAGUAUCUUCCGCUAUCAAGUUGCCCCCGAACUCUCUGGGUACUGCGACACCGAGCUGUGGUCUCAAGUGGUAUCGGAAGGACUUCAAGAUAGCUGCGUCCGUGAAUCAAUCUUAGCCGUUGGAGCGCUAGCCAAAGCCAUUUUCUGGGAGGGCACCACCACUACGCCACAAAGGCACACCCUCUCCGCUACCAGACCACCCCCGUCAGUGCUAAGCCCGUGGUCGGCCCAGAACAUCGCCAAUGAACAUCACCGCGCCUCUCUCGUCCACCAUCUCAAUGCCAUCUCAGCUUUCCGAGUGUCCCUCGGCGGUGAUGGUAGUGAAGACCCGAGCCGCCACAGAAAGAUAUUCGCCAUGACUUUGCUUCUCAUCGUAUAUGAGAUGCUUCAGGGAAACCUCAGUGCAGCCGAUAACCUUGUCAGCUGCGGCAUCGGCACACUGCAGCGCUCCAUCACGUUAUUUUCCGGUGCCGAGUUGGCGACGCACGGGCUAGAGGACGUAGAAUACGUGCUACCCCAGCUCGCCGUCAUGGGCCUAUUUACACACCAGCUGAAGUCCACAUGGUCGUACGUGCGCCACCUUCGCGUUGAGCCCGAGUUCAGGUUCCCUCGUCCCACGAUCGAUCCCAUUUCGAAGGCUGUCGCGUAUUGGGGCCGAUUUUACACGCUCGCCGUGACGUCGCUUUGCCUCACAACCUACGACAACAAUUUUUGCCCUUUCGAGGUGUCGGUGAGGCGAGCAAAAUUCCUAUCUUGUCUGUGCCGCUGGAAAUCCGUUCUUGAGGGCUAUCUUGACGAUCCUAAGACAAGCGCUGCGGGAAGCCGCACACUGCGGCUCCUUUUGCUUCACUGGCAGGUGAUCUGGAUCAUGGUCAGCUGCUGUCUCGAUCCGACGGGCGUCGAGCUUGACGGGUUUACGGCACAGUUUCGUGAUCUCCUUGACUGCUGCAUCGAAUUCGUCGAUCAGGAGAUGACUGGCAAAGCCCCGGCUCUGAUGAUGCUUGGUGAGGGAGUCCUUAUGCCUCUCCUGUGCGUCGUGACGUGUUGCCGAGACCACGACUUGCGUAUGACCGCAGCGGCUGUUGCGUAUAGCUUGCCGUGGCGGGAGGGCACGUGGGAUACCAAAGUGGUGUUGCUAGGUCAGCUCGGAGCCGUCAUGAUGGAGGAGAAGGGAAGAGGCCCCGAUGGAUUCAUUCCUCCUGAGUCGAGAUGGUACCCGAUGAGGCCGGGGAACCUGUAA